AUGCCUAUGCAUCCGGUGACUUCCACUUUGAUGUACCGGGGGAUCUGCACGAUUCCCGAUAUCCUGUCAUACCGUGCACCGGUCAACCUGCCUGAAGAUGAAGUAGAAGAAAUCCGGGAGGCUUUCAAGGUGUUUGAUCGAGAUGGGAAUGGAUUCAUCUCAAAGCAGGAACUUGGCAUGGCCAUGCGCUCUUUAGGGUAUAUGCCCAAUGAGGUCGAGCUAGAGGUCAUCAUUCAAAGACUCGACAUGGAUGGAGAUGGCCAGGUGGAUUUCGAGGAAUUCGUUACCCUUCUGGGGCCCAAACUCACAGCUGCCGGAAUGCCUGACAAGUUCAACGGAACCGAUUUUGACUCUGUGUUCUGGAAGUGUGAUAUGCAGAAACUGACUGUGGAAGAGCUGAAGAGACUGUUGUACGACACUUUCUGUGACCAUCUGUCUAUGAAGGACAUUGAGAAUAUCAUCAUGACAGAGGAGAACCACAUUGAAAAUCCUGAGGACUGCCAGGUUGACAUUGACACUGAGAGUCCGACCCAACAGGUGAAGCAAACUUGCGUAAGGAAGAGUCUGAUCUGCGCCUUUGCGAUUGCUUUCAUCAUCAGUGUCAUGCUCAUUGCGGCCAAUCAGGUGCUUCGCAGUGGCAUGAAGUAA